CUUCCGCUGGUAUGGCUGCAGCCAGUUUCUCACCUUUGCCCAUAUGCUUUCUUCUGUGUUGCUUCCUUACCUUGACUAUAGUGCAUGGCGAGGAAGAGGUAUCAUCAGCUUUUGUUUCUCUAAGCAAUGUGACCGAUGAAUUUGCAUUGCUAUACUUCAAAUCCCUGGUCACCAGAGACCCCUACAAUGUACUCUCAAACUGGAACUCAAACAUUUCCUUCUGCCAAUGGAAUGGAGUUUCAUGCAGCCAUAGUUCACAAAGGGUUGUUUCUCUGAACCUUACCGACAAGGCACUUGAAGGUACCCUCUCCCCAUACAUCAGCAAUCUCUCCUUCCUACAAGUUCUUGAUCUCUCAAACGACAGUUUCCAUGGCCAUCUUCCCAUUGAUUUUAGUCACCUCCCUCUGUUAGAAAAUCUUUCUAUAAGAAAAAACAAUUUUGAGGGGUUGUUCCCACAAACACUGAGCCAUUGUCGUCAUCUCCAAAUCUUGUCAGCACGAGAGAACCAGUUCAAUGGAAGCAUCCCUGAGUUUCUAGGCAGUUUGUCGGAACUGAAGUUCUUAAACAUUCGUGGUAACAGGUUCACUGGCACCAUUCCAGUUGCUUUUGCCAACCUCUCAAAACUGGAGCACUUUAAUAUUGGUCACAAUUGGAUGCAUGGGAACAUUCCUCCUGAGUUGGGAAGAUUGAGCCGCUUAACAUUCUUCAGCGUGGAGUACUUGUACCCUGCCACUGGGACGGUGCCUGAGAUCUUGUUUAACAUAUCCACUCUUCAAAUUAUGACUGUUUUGGGCAACCACCUCACCGGGCAUCUCCCAAGAAACAUUGGUCGCUUUCUGCCUAAUCUCCAAGGCCUCUACUUGGGUGAAAACAAUUUCAGUGGCCCACUUCCAGCUUCUCUUUCAAAUGCGACUAAACUCCAAACUCUUGUGCUAGCAUCCAACAAAUUUAGUGGACCAAUUGCCUUAGAAUUAGGUAGUCUGCCACAUCUCAGGCGCCUCUUCCUUGGGGGAAAUAUGUUCACCAAUACCCCUGGCAGCCGCGAGCUUUCCAUUCUCACAUCCUUCACCAAGUGUCGAAUGCUAGAAGAAAUUUAUCUCUCACCAAACCUUCUGAAUGGCAUUCUUCCUGCCUCCGUUGGGAACCUGACAACCACCUUGUGGAGCCUUGACCUUUCCUACAAUGAGAUUGAGGGUAUUAUCCCGUUAGCCUUAGCCAACUUGACCAAGUUGAUGUCCUUAGAUUUGAGUUUCAACAAAAUAAAGGGGUCCAUUCCACCAAAUAUAGGAUCAAUGAACAUGUUACAAAAGUUAGGUCUUUCUGGCAAUUUCUUAGAAGGUUCAAUUCCAAACUCAGUUUACCAAUUGGUCCACGUGGGUAAUCUUUAUUUGGACAAUAAUGCACUAACCGGGCCAAUCUCGAACUCUAUAAACAACCUCACCAGUCUGCAGCAGUUGUAUUUAAAUUCAAAUAAUUUAUCAUCAACAAUCCCUCCUGCCCUUUGUGAGUUGAAGGAUUUGAUAUCAGUUUACUUGCAAGAAAACUCUUUCACUGGUCACCUACCUUUAGAUGUGGGAAAUUUGGCUGCUGUGGACAAAAUGGAUAUCUCUGUGAACAAACUGACCGGAGAGUUGCCGGUGUCCUUAUCAGAGCUCCAGAGGAUAGAGUAUUUGAAUCUGUCCAAAAACUCAUUUGAUGGCCACAUUCCAGAAAAACUUGAUGGCAUGGUAAACAUUCAAAUUAUUGACCUUUCCCACAAUAAGCUUUCUGGCGAGAUCCCAAAAUCAUUGAAAAAUCUUCGACAACUCCAAGUGUUGAACCUAUCCUUCAACCAAUUGGAAGGAGAGGUUCCAAGUGGAGGGAAUUUGGCAAACCUUUCCACCGAGUCAUUUGUAGGGAAUAAUGCACUAUGUGGAGCUCCUAAAUUUCAUUUGCCGGCAUGUUUAGAUAAAACCAAGAAGCACAAGAAAGCUAUGCACACAACUAAAGUAGUUGUUGGUUCUGCAAUUGGGGGCUCUGCUCUUCUUUUGGUGGUUUGCAUGCUCAUUGUUGUCCUAGACAAUAGAAAGAGGAGGUCGGUGAAACUUGUUGAUGUUAAAAGUUUAGACGGAAUUGCACUCCCAGUUAUUUCAUAUAAAGAGUUAUACCGAGCAACAAACAAUUUCAGCAAUGCAAACUUUAUUGGGAGUGGAAGCUUUGGUUCAGUGUAUAAAGGAGUUCUAACAGAUGGAACAACAGUGGCUGUGAAGGUCCUAAAUUUGUUAUUUGAGGCAGCAUCACAAAGUUUUGACAUUGAAUGCAACGUGAUGCGCCAAAUUAGGCACCGAAACCUUGUCAAGGUGAUUACAUCAUGCACCAAUAGAGAUUUUAAGGCUUUAGUUCUCCAAUACAUGCCGCUUGGGAGCCUAGAAGUAUGUUUGUAUUCCGGUGCCCAUCACUUGAAUCUCUUCCAAAGAUUGAAUAUCAUGAUUGAUGUUGCUUGUGCUCUAGAAUAUCUUCACUAUGGUUGCUCGGAGACAAUAGUUCAUUGUGAUAUGAAGCCAAGUAAUGUGCUUCUAGAUGAGAACAUGAUAGCAUACGUCAGCGAUUUUGGCAUUGCAAAGGUGCUAGUUGGCCAGAAUUCUUCUACUCUUACAGCCACUCUUGGAACCACCGGAUACAUUGCGCCAGAAUUCGGAAUAGCUGGAAAGGUGUCGACUAAAGCAGAUGUGUAUAGCUACGGAAUUCUUCUGCUGGAGGUGUUUACCGGAAGAAAGCCUACAGAUGAACGGUUCCAUGGUGAUUUUAGCUUGAGGCAGUGGGUGGCUGAAGCGCUUCCCGUUGCAAUCUCAGACGUCAUUGAGGGCCACCUUUUGAAGGAAAGCAACAGUACUGAAACUGAAAGAUCAGCUGCUUGGAAUGAGCUGCUGGUGAUGAUCAUGGAGACAGGGUUGUCAUGUUCAAGGGAGUCACCAAUUGAGAGAAUGGACAUGAAGGAUGUGGUCGCCAGGCUUAAAAGGACGCGACAGAAUGCUUCCUGUUUUGAAGAAUGACAAAAGAAUAAACAAAUUCUUCUUCAUUUUUCUUAAAUAAGGGGCCUGUUUAACUUUUUGUGCUUCUGGCUUAUUUCUUUUCCCAUCAAUCUGGUGAUGGAACUUCCUUUCAACAGAAUAAAACCCUGAGCCCAGCGACGCCAUCCCCAUCUCUUGGGUGUGGUUGUCGUGUGAACUGUGAAGGUGCCA